AUGGGCAGAAAGGUGUGCAUCUCGCUUGUAAUCCUCGCGCUUGUACUGCUCGCUGGCUCGAACACGAGGGCCGCGGCGGGCUACAGCAAAGGCGAGGCGCUGAUGCCCUCGUCGUCUUCCUCCAUGAAGCUGGAGGACGGCGUGGCGCCCGAGCUCGGGGUGAUGACGGUGGUGAACCUGGACGUGCACAGCCGCCUCCUCGGCGGCAAUAAUGUCGCCCCGAGGUCCCUGGAUCCCAACAGGCCUGUCUGCCUUGUUACUCCGUGCGCCGCCGGAGGGCCGUCCAGUGGCGGCGGCCGGGGCUGCAGCCCACAUUACCAGUGCCGCCACUGA